GAUGAGGUUGAGAUUAUGGACGAGGAGCCUCGCCCAUCUGGGGCUGCGACUGCUGUCAGAGCAGAGCCGGUGGAGCCUCCGCAGCCUCCACGCGGGCGGGAACCGACUGUUCAGCAGAGGUUGGCCCUGGCUCCGCCAAUUGACGCAGGCAACCCUCGAUUCUUGAUCCCAGCCAUGGCUACCCAAGCAUCUCUUGAAGCGGUGGUGCUUCAUGUAGAGGAGUCCCCGAGCGGGGCCCCAGCACCAUCCAUUCCGAGCCCCACCACCCCUGAGGCCACGCCACCCCGAGAGCCAAGACGCCCUGUCAAGCUGGUGAAAAGCCUCUCCCGCCAAGAUCUGGAUCCCGAUCUCACCAUCCGCCCAUUUCCCGAGCUCCCACCCACAAGCCCCAAGCCGAAUCCCAAGCUCCCAGACGCAAGCCCCAAGCCGAAUCCGAAGUCUCCCGGAUCUGAUGCCGCUUCUGUUCGUUAUGACAGUGAAGAGGGGAAGCUAAAGCCUUGCGACAGGAGCAUGAUUGCUCCGGCCGUGAUCCCGCACUGCCUUGCACAGGACUUUGAGGUUGCUGCUCAGCGAGAGCCGGAACCUCGCCAUGCAUCAGAGGAGCAUGAGGAGCCGAAGGAGCUCAUUGUGCCUGCUCGAGCUAAGGUGCCGGUGCUGACUCGUCGGCAGCAAUUUGCUGUUGGCAAGAAGAAGGUUCCUGAAUCCGCUGAGAAGGAUCUCGAGGCACCGAAUGCCUCCGUGGAUGAGCCUCCCAAGAAGCGAACGCGGCAGGCCAAAUCGAAAGCCAAGGCCAAGCCGAUUCCUGAGGAGAAGCCAGAAAUCGAGGCCCCGAGCGACGAUGAUGGGGCUGGCUCAGAUGAUGAGUCUGAUGAGCCUCAUCGUGUUCUGAAGAAGCCAGCAGCCAAAGCAGGCUCGACGGUGAAGCCAGCGAUGAGUGGUGGGAAGGGCCGGGGCCGGGGCAGGGGCACGGGGAAAGGUAAGAGAAAGGCUGCAGCUUUGGAUCCAGAGCCCGAGGGCCCUGGUGUGGAGAAUCCUGAGCAAGAGGACGCACGCGAAGCGAAGUCGAAGCACAGUAGCUCUAAGGUUUCGCAGCAGCCCAAGGCAAGCCCCAAGCCAACUCCGAGCCCCAAGACAAGCCCGAAGCCCAAGACGAAGAAGAGCGCCAGCCCCAAGACAAGCCCAAGAACGAAGACCGGCCCCAAGGGUGGCCCCAAGGCAAAGCCAGAGGCACGCAAAAGCGGAAGGAAGGAGCUGGAUGCAACAGUGAUUCGGGAGGAGCUUGACUCGUGUGAGCAGAAGGCACACUUGGUCCAGGUGCUCCUGGAGGCUUCCAAGAAUGAUGCCCCCUGCAAGGAGAAGAGAUCUGAGUGUGUUCCAGAGAUGGAGUAUUGGCAGUUCAGUGUGUACUGGCCGCCCAGGGCUUCGGUCGGUAUCUUGAGACGUUCUGCCAAUGGUUCCUUUGUGUACAUCACUUCCUUCAACUCCGGUAUCUACAAAGACCUCACCCUCCCUCUCGAGUGUGUGGACUUCUUGGGCGGCGACAUUGAGGAGCUGCGGCAUGACCCCGGAUCCAUGGCGGCCCUGUCAUAUGCCGAGAUGCUGAAGCAGUGUAUGAAGUACGCAUUCGUGCUGAAUCAGCAGCCGACUGUUGCAGUACAGGUCCCGACACUAGUUGAGCUCAGCUGGAAACCGCAUCUCGUCGUCGGCAUUGUGCAGCCUGAGUGCUUCCCCGAGGCAAACCAGAGGGAUCUGAGCGUUCCGUGCUACUUCGUCAUCAUCGACACCGACUUCUUGAAAUCCUUUCGCUGGGGAGGUGCCGGCUGGGGCUCCCAACGCGGGAAGCAGGCGAUGAAGCGAAAGGCCUGGUUCCUGAAGCGGCAGCCGUUCCAGGAGGUACUGGCUCUCGCCGUGAUGUUCCUGGUCUGGAGCGAUAACAUCGAAACCUUGACCGAGGACCUACGCUUCAUCGAGUAUUUCGCUGGCGAGGGUAUUCAGAGCUUGUUUCUGGAUGAUGCAUUAUGGGGGAGAAACACCCAAACGGCACAUGCUGCUGGGUAA